GUUUCAGUUUGUCAUUUCAUUGCGAACGAUAUUCGAUGUGUCAAAUUGUCGUAUUUUCUUCGCUCUCAUACUGCAAAUGUCAAAUAACAAAUCGACGAUAACAUUAUAUAAGUGAAUAAAAACGAUUGAAAAAGAGUGCAUCGAAGGAAGAUCGUUUUCCAUCACAAAACAUUUGAGAGAAUGUCAUCAGGACGUGAGGCAGCAAAACGCACCUUACAACAAGUUCGUCCGGUUCUAUCGGUGAACAAAGAUGAAGCUAGACGACGUGUUCUGAACCUCUACAAGGCAUGGAUUCGUCAAAUCCCAUUCAUUGUGGAUAACAACAAUCUGCCCAAGUCAUCGCUUCAAAUAAGAGACAAAGUGCGAGAAGAAUUUCUGAAGCAUAAAGAUGUAGAAGAUAUUAGAAUCGUAGAUAUGUUAGUGAUUAAAGGCAAAAUGGAACUGCAAGAAACUAUAGAAAAAUGGAAGCAACCCACACACAUGAUGCGAUAUUGGAAGGACACCAUCGAACCAGCACCAACCGAUUUUCUGUCGAAAUUCAUUUCGGGCAAAAAUUAAAUUCGUUGAUAAUAUUUACAAUCGUUUUGUUUUAUCUGCAGAGAAGGGAAGAAGAGAAUUUGUUUUUUAUGAUCAAUUCCAAAUGGAAUUGAUUGUAAACGGAUUUUGAAAAUGGAAUAAAAACAAAUGAAGAAAGUCA